ACGCCCCGCUCCGCUCCGCUCCGCUCCGCUCCGCGCUGCUCCGCGCUCGCCGGGGCCCCCGGGGCCGCCGAGGCCGCGCCGCGCCCGGGACAUGCGGCCGCCCCCGCCGGCGAGGAGGCGAUGAGGCUCCGCAGCGGCACGGCGCUCACGCUGCUGCUCGGCUGCCUGUGCGCCCUGCUCUCGCUCUCCUGGUACGGCGCCUUCGGCGGGCACAAAGGUGACGUUGUGGACAUCUACCAGCGGGAGUUUCUCGCCCUCCGGGACCGACUGCACGCAGCCGAGCAGGAGAGCCUGAAGCGCUCGAAGGAGCUCAACUUGGUCCUGGAGGAGAUCAAGAGAGCGAUCUCGGAGAAACAGGCCCUGCGGGAUAUAAACCGGACCUGGAGCAGCUUAUCUGACGAAACCAAGUUAAAACUGUGGAAUAUCACCAACAAGAAUGUGCUGCACCUUCCCACCAUCUUCCAUCAUUUGCCACAUUUGCUGUCAAAGGAGAACAGUCUGCAGCCAGCCGUGCAUGUGGGACAGGGGCGCACUGGAGUGUCCGUCGUGAUGGGAAUCCCCAGCGUGAAGCGGGAGGUGCAUUCCUACCUCACCGACACCCUCAACUCCCUCAUCUCAGAGCUCACGCAGCAGGAGAAGGAGGACUCCGUCAUCGUCGUCCUCAUCGCUGAGACAGAUCCGCAGUACACAGCUGGAGUGGCAGAAAAUAUCAAAAACUUAUUCCCAAAGGAAAUACACUCAGGUCUCCUGGAGGUAAUUUCCCCAUCUCCGCAUUUCUAUCCUGAUUUCUCCCACCUGCGGGAAUCCUUUGGGGACCCCAAGGAGAGAGUCAGGUGGAGGACAAAGCAGAACCUUGACUACUGCUUUUUAAUGAUGUAUGCCCAGUCCAAAGGCAUAUAUUACGUGCAGCUGGAGGAUGAUAUUGUGGCCAAACCAAACUAUCUCAGCACGAUGAAGAACUUUGCCUUGCAGCAGCCCUCCGAGGAGUGGAUGAUCCUGGAGUUUUCUCAGCUGGGGUUUAUUGGAAAAAUGUUCAAGUCUCUGGAUCUGAGCUUGAUCGUGGAGUUCAUCCUGAUGUUCUAUAAGGACAAACCCAUUGACUGGCUGCUGGAUCACAUCCUUUGGGUGAAAGUCUGCAACCCUGAGAAAGAUGCAAAACACUGCGACAGGCAGAAGGCAAACCUGAGGAUCCGCUUCAAGCCCUCCCUCUUCCAGCACGUGGGAACCCACUCCUCCUUGGCUGGGAAGAUACAGAAGCUGAAGGACAAGGACUUUGGCAAGCAGGCCCUGCGGAAAGAGCACGUCAACCCUCCCGCGGAGGUGAGCACCAGCCUGAAAACCUACCAGCACUUCACCUUGGAGAAGGCUUACCUGCGGGAGGACUUUUUCUGGGCCUUCACUCCCACUGCCGGAGACUUCAUCCGAUUCAGAUUCUUCAAACCGCUCCGCAUCGAAAGGUUCUUCUUCCGCAGCGGGAACAUCGAGCACCCAGAAGACAAACUCUUCAAUACAACUGUGGAGGUUUUGCCGUUUGACAGCCUGCAGUCGGAUAAGGAAGCCUUACAGGAGGGAAGAGGCGCAGUCGUCAAAUACCGCAGGAUGCCAGAUGGCUACAUCCAGAUAGGCUCCUUCUCCAAGGGUGUCGCAGAGGGCGAGGUGGACCCAUCCUUCGGGCCGCUGGAAGCCAUCAGGCUGUCCAUCCAGACCGACUCCCCGGUGUGGAUCAUCUUGAGCGAGAUUUUUAUCAAAAAAGCGGAGUGAAACGGGCGCGAGGAAGGGUGGACGGACACACGUGGAUCCCCGGUCCUGCUCCCUCCCCUCCCGCUCCCUCCUCCCCGCGGCGCCUCGCCGGUGCUGCGGGGCCAGGACAUCGUCUUCUCCAGAAGAAGAGCAACAAGGAAAAAAAACCAAUAUCCCGCCCAGAGGGCUGGCUUCGCCGCCCCCGGCAAAGCCCGGGCGCUCCCUCGGCCCCUCGUGGGUGCAGGCUGCCGCGCGCGCCGCUCGGGCCACGCCGACACAGGGGACGGUCUGGGGUCAGGAUGAGCUAUAGCCGGCGUGGGGACGAAAAGCACCUUCUGCCCAGGACAGGGCAAUCUCUGGUUGUAUUUGGGGACGGAGCGGGGGCUCGGUCACGUUGAGUCCUGCCGGCUGACCCCGCAGGCGCGCCGGGAUGGAGACGGCCAGGGACCGAGGUCUGCCUUGCCUUCGCCCAGGCAACAGUCCUGGCCACAGCUGAGGAUUAAGUGAGGGUGAAGACUGACCCUCCUUCAGCAGAGGAGGAACGAAUCCAAAGGGGUUGGAGCUAUGACUAUGGCAGGGAAAACAAACAAAAAAAAAUACGCCACACUGUGCCUGCCAGCAUUGAACACAGCCCCUUAACUCACAGUGAAGUCUCCAGUGUCUUCAUGCCUUGAGAUUGAGUGCAGAAACCAUCUUUUUAAAUAACUAUUUCAGUUAUUGAUUGGUGUGAAUUUUUUGGGAGGAAAAAAAUAGCAGAAGUAGCCCAGUUCCAAAAUAGUAGGGAUUAGUGUAAAUCCCAAUGUCUCUUCAGCUAUACACUGGAAUGCAUUAUACUACUUUAAUGUGCUGUAUUUUUUAUUAUUGGAUACAUUUGAUUUUUCAAGUACAUCUCUAUAUAAAUAUAUAAAAUAAUGUGCACUGUAAUAAAAGCUAAAUUUAAA